AUGAUAGACCCAGAGGUGCUUGCAGUGUCUUAUCAGCUCCAAGGGCCCACGGAGCUUGGUGAGAUAUUUGGUGUUUCUGCUCGAACUGUCCGAUGCAGGGCCCUAGAACAGAAGUUAGUGCAACCAGGGGAACCUGUUUAUAUCACAUAUGUCGAUGAAGAUGGUCAAGCUCAUCGAGUGUACCAGUCAUCAACUGGUUCACAGUCUACACUCUCAGACGAGGAGCUUGAUGCUACUGUAUUGCACAUUCUUAAUCUCUUUCCAACAUUUGGUAGACGUAUGAUUGAUGGGCACUUGCUGCACCUCAGGCAACAUGUCCCCCGCAGCCAUGUCCAAGCUUCUUAUGCUCGUGUCAAUGGACCCCCUGUGGCAGCAUUUGGAGUGUGCCGUAUCUCACGUAGGGUGUACAACGUUGCUGGAUAUAAUUCCUUGGCACAUCAUGAUGGCCAGCAUGGUGAAAGUGUGCAUAUUAUCCGCAUCAAGUGGUUGUGGGUGGACUGGACCAGCAUGGUCGGGUCCAAAUGGAAGUCAUUCUUCCAAGAUCUUGAAGUGACUGGUGGACUCAAUCCCGAUAACACGGCCCAUAUUUGGCUCCUACAUCACCUUUUCUUACCUUUGAUUAACCACAAGGCGAUACAAUGGGCCAAUGCAUGGAACAUGCAUAAGAUGGCCUUACCAGAUGGACAGCAAAGUUGUUCACCCGCUGAUCUUCGGUGGUUUAGCAUUCUACAAAGUGGAGCACAUGGAUUUGAUGCUGCAAGCUUUCAGCCGCCCGAAGAAGAUCUUGAUGUUGAUGAAAUUGAUGAAUAUGGUAUCAACUGGGAGGCAUAUGAAGAUCAGCACAUACAGGCACAUCAUACAGAGGGUAACCAGCCAGACCACCUAGGUCACAAUCCCUUUGUUGCUCACUGA